UCGAUCUACAAUCGGCUGUGGGUGCACUUGUGGGCACGCUCCCCUUUGAGAUUGGGGGCUCCUUUCUGAUCUCUCCUCUGAGCUGGCGCGAUCAUCAAAAGCACUCAGUCGGAUCCUCACGAUGAAGAGGAAGGAGUUGGUCUAUGCUCUGCUGCUGAGCGUCACUUUUCACUGUAGCCAUGGGGCUACAUAUCUAGAUCCUCGCUGCCAGGACAAUGGCUACCGGCACAUUGGCUUGCCCGGCUACCCAGGACCUCCGGGGCCCCCUGGCUCGAAUGGGGUCUGCAGGGCGAAUGACUGCAGGGGACAGAAAGGAGACAAAGGUGACCCCGCGCUGGCACAGCCAUGCGUGAAGGGAACAAAGGGCGAGAAGGGAAAUUCUGGGUUGAUGGGAUUCCCUGGCGAUAGUGGCUCUACUGGUCCACGUGGACUGCCCGGUCCACCCGGUUCCCCAGCCGCACCUGGAGAACCCGGACCGCCGGGGGCCAAAGGAGAGAAAGGCACCAAAGGUUGCUCUGGAGCACUUGGAACUCAAGGUCUGCAAGGUCCUGCUGGUAUUCAGGGGCUGCCCGGGCCAAAGGGAGACACAGGUCCGAAGGGCCUUCCCGGAGGAGAUGGUAUAAUGGGACCUCCAGGAAUGGAAGGAGUAGAGGGAAUACAAGGGGACCACGGGGUUCCAGGAGAAAGGGGACUGCCAGGUGGUCCAGGCUUGAAAGGGCAUCCGGGGAGAUCCGGCCCACCUGGAAAGCCGGGUGGCGGAGGGAAGGAAGGGCCUCCCGGCCCCGUGGGUGCUAUCGGGCUCCCAGGAAGGCCGGGGCCAGCAGGGAUGCAGGGGCCGCUGGGUGUACAGGGGGAGUGUGGACUCUCUGGGCCGCCGGGUAGUUCUGGCUUUCCAGGCCCGAAGGGAGACCCAGGGCCUCAGGGUGACCCAGGAAUCCCAGGACACCCUGGGCCCUGUGGACCUCCUGGAAAGGGGCCAUGUGGACCUCCGGGAGAAAGAGGGAAUCCAGGAGCACCAGGUAUGACGGGACAGAUGGGGCUGCCGGGACCACCGGGGCUGGUGGGGCAAGUUGGACCGUCGGGACCAAGAGGUGUGUGCAAUGAUAACUGCUACUGCCAGCCGGGGCCACCCGGCCUCCCCGGCCUUCCAGGCCCACCCGGCAAUAACUACACGCCAAUUCCGUGUCCUCCAGUAACUCCCCAUCCGCCUAUUAGACGUGCUUGUGAAGUAAAUUUCUCGUCACAUUGUCCUCCCUGUCCCACUCGUCUGACGGGCUCGGGUAGGAAAGCUAGGCGUAAGGCUUUGUCGACGAGUGCACGUGUUUUUUUAAACCAUUCCAGAUCGUCUUGGCCACCAAAGGUGACCGAGGUGGCGUUUAACCAAAGUAGCGUCGGAGUCGGUGAAAGGCCGAAGCUGAAACGGGCUCAGGGUAAAUCCAAGGGCUGCUGUCCGGAUUUGGCGGCGUUCACGGUCAAGUCCUCCAUGCUAAACCCCCGCGUCCCCUCCCGCAUCAAAUUUCGGGAGGUCAUCUACAACAGGGGAAAUCACUACAACAGCACCUCGGGUAAAUUCCAGGCCGCCCUCGCCGGAGUGCACAACUUCGCCUACAGCUUUAACAGCGACAUGGACGUGUGCGUGGGCCUCUACAAAAACGGCGAGGUCAUCUCCCAAAACUGCAACGUGCCGAAGCAAAGUUGCAGCGUGAACGUCUUUGCUGAGAGCAUCUUGCUGGAGGUGGAGGUGGGCGACAGCGUGUGGCUGGAGCUGUCGUCGCAACGAGAGAACACGCAGGCGGGGGCUGAGAAUAAGCUGCAGGCCACAUUCUCCGGAGUGCUGGUGUUCAUGGGGUCAAGCGUAUACAGGGAUGGUUACGUGUAAGGUGCGCACGCCUUGUGUGCUAGCCCAGGGGUCGGCAACCUUUCAAAGAAGAAGAAGAAGAAUUAUUGUUUUUGUCUUUGACCAAAAUAGUUCCGAGGGCCGCAUCACACGCAGAGCUGCUUGCACACAAACACAGCAGCGGCAGGUAUACAACAGAUGACAUUUUUUUUACUUAAACAAAAUAGGUGAUGGAAUAAACUGCGCUAUUUUAGUCUCCCCCCUUUAGUUACUCUUUAACAAUACAGUUUGACUGCACAUUUUGUCAUCACCAAGACCCAUUCCCUGCCAUAUUUAAUAAAUUAUCUUUACGUUAAAUUAUGUUUAAGAUUUAAUAAAAGAUUUAAUAAAAAAACUGCUGCCCACAAAGGGGGGCAGCCGAAGAGCCGCUAGAGGGCAUCCAAAGAGCCGCAAGGUGGCUGCCAAAGAGCCGCUAGGGGGCAGCCGAAGAGCCGCUAGGGGGCAUCCAAAGAGCAGCAAUGGGGCAGCCAAAGAGCCGCAAUGGGGCAGCCGAAGAGCCGCUAGGGGGCAUCCAAAAAGCCGCAAGGGGGCAGCCGAUGAGCCGCUAGGGGGCAUACAAAGAGCCGCAAGGGGGCAGUCGAAGAACCACCGCAUGCGGCUCCGGAUCCGCAGGUUGCCGACCCCCAGUGCUAGCCGGUCCCCAGGAAUCAUCAACAGCCUUAGGGGUGGUUAUACCAAAAGUGCCUCCUCCCUGUCCUUCCAGAUGUGUUUUAAUCGAAGCAGCUAAAAUGACCAUCGCCUCGCCCCCC